UGUGACAGCACAAUAAUUUAUGAAAAACAAGGGUAAAUAUUUUUGCAAUUAUAUGCAAUUAUACACAAUUUCGUGUCACAUUUCAUGUCAAUGUAGAGAUAUUAUUAACUACAAUGCAACAAAUAAUUGAGCUAAUAUAUAAACACAUUAAAAUUUCUCAAGAAAGCAGUUUGCAAAAUGAGUGAUAUUAGCACAAAAUUCAAACUUCCUGACCGAUAUGGAAGUCCUGGCCCGAAUAUUUGAUUUUGCACCACCGAAACAUGUAACUGAAGCAUUAGCAGAUGUAGCUAGAAGCGAUAAUGUAUUGCUUCAUCAAUACACCAAAGAAUACGGUCAUCCUAGAUUGGUUAAUAUCCUCUCAAAACUUUACUCUAAACUGAUAAACAGAGAAAUCAAUCCAGACACUGAAAUGCUUAUAUCAGAAGGUGCUCAACAAGCUCUGUAUAAUAUUUUUAAUGGAAUACUUGAUUAUGGUGAUGAAGUGAUUGUUAUUGAGCCAUUUUUUGAGUCUUAUGAGCCAAUGAUCAGAGAAACUGGUGCCAAACCUAUUUUUAUACCACUGACACAUAAUGGAAGUAAUAAUGGUUGUGUAUUGACAACUAAUGAUUUUCACUUAGACAAAAAAGAGUUGGAAAGUAUGUUCAAUUCAAAAACAAAAGCAAUCCUUCUAAAUACACCUAAUAAUCCUCUUGGAAAGGUUUUCAAUAUGGAGGAAAUGCAAAUGAUUGCAGAUUUAUGCAAAAAGUGGAAUGUUUUAUGUAUCGCUGAUGAAGUGUAUGAAUGGUUGGUUUAUAAACCAUAUCAACACAUAAGGAUGGCUACCCUGCCAGGUAUGUGGGAGAGAACAAUUACCGUCGGUUCAGCAGGCAAAACGUUCAACAUUACCGGUUGGCGAACAGGAUGGGCUUAUGGGCCAGCGGGCUUGAUGAAUAAUUUUAAACGGGUUUAAAACCAAUUCAACCACAGGGUGG